AUGGAAGAUUAUUACAAGCAAGCUAAUACUGAAGAAAAAGAUGUAUUUCAACAAUACAUUAACAAAUAUAUUUUAUUUUAUGGAACUACGUUAACAUUAACUACUGCCAUAACUUUCGCUGGUUGUCUCAUAGUGCCAUUAAUUCGGUCCCGCAGGUUUCCGCUAGAAAUAGAAUAUCCAUUUCGCGUUGAUUAUCAACCUAUAACGGCGAUGCUCUAUUUUCAUCAAGUACUUGGUAUGUAUCAGGUUACUUGUCAAGUGAGCGCAAAUGUUUUCCUCGCUCUUCUAAUAUGGUACACAACGGCUCGCUUUGAGAUCUUGACAAAUAAAUUCCGCACAGUCAUCAAGUAUUCUGAUUGGAAAACAUGCAUACAAGAACAUCAACGAUUUCCGCUAUCCGUAAAAAUUCAGUAUAUAAUUGUAUGUUUAACAUCAUUAAUAAAAGUAUUUCUGUGCGCUUGGCCGGCUGAUCAUCUAAUGAGAAUAAGUUCUAAUGUUGCUGAGGCAGCCUAUGAUUCAUUAUGGUAUAAUCAAAACAUUGAAUCUCAAAAGAUUAUGUUACAUACUUUGCUACAAUGUCAACGAGCUGUAGUUAUAUCUGUUCCUGGUUUACUAAAAGCUUUAACAUUUCAACAAUAUACUUCUGUAUGA